CGUGCUUACUUCAUGCCUGUCUGUUAGGUAGGCUCUGUCUCAAGCACCACCUCCCCUACUCUAUCUCUCUAUCUCUCUCUCUCUCUCUCUCUCUGUAGUAUUUGCAGUUUUUCACUCUCUGCGGGCAACUGAUGCUUUAAGCCUCUUGUAUUGUUACGACUCUUCUUUCUAGUUUCUCUCUGAUAAUAGAAAGCGGAAUUGAUUUCUCGCACGAUGUAAUAGUCAUUCUGAUGUUAUCCGAAUCUUUUCACUGAUCUAUACUCAUCUGGUAAAUUAGUGGGAUCUUUAAGUUAUUGUGUGAAGGGUUUAAGGAAGAAAUGUCUUUCAAUAGAAGGGGGUCUGAUCAGCAACCGCCGAGGCGGAUUCUGAGGACGCAGACCGCCGGUAAUUUAGGAGAGACUAUGAUGGAUAGUGAGGUGGUGCCAUCUUCACUGGUGGAGAUUGCUCCGAUUCUCCGGGUCGCUAACGAAGUCGAGCCAAGCAAUCCCAGGGUGGCUUAUCUCUGUCGGUUCUAUGCGUUUGAGAAAGCUCACAGACUAGAUCCAACAUCAAGUGGACGUGGAGUUCGCCAAUUCAAAACUGCCCUUCUUCAACGCCUAGAAAGGGAAAAUGAAACGACAUUAGCAGGAAGGACAAAAAGUGAUGCUCGUGAAAUGCAGAGUUUUUAUCAGCAUUACUACAAAAAAUACAUCCAGGCUUUGCAGAAUGCUGCUGAUAAAGCGGAUCGUGCUCGGCUUACAAAAGCAUAUCAAACUGCUGCUGUUCUAUUUGAGGUUUUGAAGGCUGUUAAUCUGACAGAAUCUCUUGAAGUGGCUGAUGAGAUUUUGGAAGCUCACAGUAAGGUUGAGGAAAAGACUGCGAUAUAUGUACCUUAUAACAUACUUCCUCUUGAUCCUGACAGCUCAAAUCAAGCAAUCAUGAAAUAUCCUGAGAUUCAAGCUUCUGUUUCUGCACUUCGAAACACCAGAGGGUUGCCAUGGCCCAAGGGCCACAAGAAGAAAGUAGAUGAAGACAUUCUACACUGGCUUCAGGCUAUGUUUGGAUUUCAGAAGGAUAAUGUGGCAAAUCAGAGGGAGCACUUAAUACUGUUGCUGGCAAAUGUGCAUAUUCGGCGAUUUCAGCCUGAUCAGCAGCCCAGGUUGGAUGACACUGCACUUACAGAAGUUAUGAAGAAACUUUUCAAAAACUACAAAAAAUGGUGCAACUAUUUGGGUCGCAAAAGUAGUCUUUGGUUGCCAACUAUUCAACAGGAAGUGCAGCAACGGAAAUUACUGUACAUGGGGCUAUAUCUUCUCAUAUGGGGGGAAGCUGCUAACUUGAGAUUUAUGCCAGAAUGCCUAUGCUAUAUUUAUCAUCAUAUGGCAUUUGAACUGUAUGGUAUGCUGGCUGGGAGUGUAAGCCCCAUGACAGGUGAACAUAUUAAGCCUGCAUAUGGUGGUGAGGAGGAGGCUUUCUUAAAGAAAGUGGUGACUCCAAUCUAUAACAUGAUAGAACAGGAAGUUAAAAGGUGCAAAGGGGGGAAAUUGAAGCAUUCUCAAUGGAGGAACUAUGAUGAUUUAAAUGAAUACUUUUGGUCAGUUGAUUGUUUCCGGCUGGGUUGGCCAAUGCGUGCUGAUGCUGAUUUCUUUUGCCUGCCAAUUGAACAGCUUCAGGCUGAUAAAAAUGGGGUAUGCAAUAUUUGGGACCUUUUACAUAACUGUUGUAUAGUUCAUUUUUCCUUCUUUACAAAUAUAUGAUAGAAUACUAUAAUU